AUGGCCAACGACGAUCGGCUCCUUACAGUCGUUCCUGCCCUUGUAUCAACGCAUAUAAUUGCAGAUCCGCAGACGACUCGUGAGAACGAAUAUGGCAAGAACAAAGCGCUUGGCUCCUGCCUCCAAGCUGAAUCAGGCUCAAGGAUCUUUGAACCCGCAAUUACAUUGGGCAAGAACAGUAAUUUCACACAGGUCCAAUCUGGACGGUUGCUGAUUCACGGGACCCGAUGGCCCGGCUUUGGUGAGCGCUGUGGUGCCGCUGGUUCGUUUUGUUUUGUUUGUCCUCUUGCCGUUGGUCAGUAA